AUGUCUCCCAUCCAAUCCAGCUCCGGCACCAUCCUCUUCGAACUCCCCAUCCGCGGCGGUGACGGCAGCAAAGGCCAAGUCGUCGCGACCGAAUCAAGCCCACAGGUCUACCUCCUCACCUUCUCCAAUGGACCCGACAACCGUCUCAUCACAGCUUUCUGCCGGGCUCUCAUCCUCGCUCUGGACAUCAUUGAACAUCGCUACCCUCCAGGCGUUGUCGUCACAACGAGCGCUGUGCCAAAGUUCUACUCCAAUGGCAUGGAUAUAGAGCAUAGCCAGUUCACGAGAGCUUAUAUGCCUGAUACGUUGUAUGCGCUGUGGCAUAGGUUGUUGACGUAUCCGAGGCCGACGAUCGCGUUGAUUAAUGGGCAUGCUUUUGCUGGCGGGAUGAUGGUGGCGAUGAUGCAUGAUUACCGAGUGAUGAACCCGCACAAGGGAUAUCUCUGCUUGAACGAACUCGAGCUCGGCAUGCCGCUUCGUCCUCCGAUGCUUUCGGUGUUCAGGAUGAAGCUCAGUGCAGCUACGUUGAGGAAGCUGCUGUUGGAGGCAUAUCGCUUCAAGGCACUCGAUGCCCUCAAAGAGGGUCUCGUAGACCAUCUAGGUGGUCUGGACGAGACACUAGCGUACGUGGAAGAUCUUCAGCUUGUAAAGAAAGCCCAACCUGGUGGGAGUGGCAAGUCCGUCUACGGCGAGAUCAAACGGGAAAUGUGGCGGGAGACAGUGGACUUACUAGAGGGCUGGGCAGAAGGGCAUGUACGAGACUCGAAGACGGCCGACCGUGCUCGCGGAGAGAAGAGAUCGAGUCUGGCGAACGUGGAGGCGUGGGAGCGCACAAAGGCGAAGUUGUGA